AUGAGAAUCCUCUCAGCAUUGCUAUGGGGCUACAGUCUCGCUCUCACCGGAUCCGACAAGUUCGAUGCUGCCAAUUACGUUAAGGAUGAUGUGAUAAUUCGGGACAUCGUAAUUGUUGGAGGUGGAUCCACUGGAACAUUUGCAGCCCUCAGUCUCCUUGACUUGGGCCAAAGAAUAGUUAUGGUGGAACAAGAGCCCAGGUUGGGAGGCCAUACUAUUGUCUACACCGAGCCCAAAACUGGCACGAAGAUCGAUUAUGGAGUACAAUCGUACCUAAACUCCUCGGUUGUUAGGGAUUUCUUUGGCCGUUUCAAGAUCCCCUUGACGAGGUUCUCGCUUAAUGCCAAUGCGACGGUAUACGCCGAUUUUGAGACGGGUGAGGUCUUCACAGAUUUUGAGCCUGGCUUCAACUUAGAGGCCUACAGUGCUCAGGUAGAGAAAUAUCCGUAUCUUCUCACUAGCUGGGACUUGCCUGACCCCGUCCCGGAGGAUCUGCUACUACCUUUUGGAGAAUUCAUCACAAAGUACUCACUCCAGGAUGUAGCGUAUACCAUUUGGACCAGGUCAAGAGGCUCUGGUAAUAUCCUAAGCCAACCAACAGUUUACAUUCUCAAGUCAUUUGGUGCCCCGUGCAUUAGAGGGCUAAGGGAAGGUACCCUAGUCACCGCACACCAUGAUAAUUCCGAGAUAUAUGACAAGGCUCUGGAAGAACUGGGCCCCGACGCUCUUGUGUCAUCUACGGUUAUUGAAUCUCAGCGAUCAAUAGAUGGUGUUAGACUUAUUGUGCAAACCCCUCAUGGUAUAAAGCUCAUUAUCGCGUCAAAAGCGCUUGUCAGCAUUCCGCCUACUCUUGAGAACAUGAGACCGUUUAGUCUCGAUGACCACGAAGAAAGCCGAUUUGGGAGGUUUAAUAGUAGUGCUUCUUACGUCGCUCUCGUCACAGAAACUGGCCUCCCAUCUGGCUAUCAGUUCUUCAAUACUGGUGACAGUAAUAGGACAUUCCGCAUUCCCACGCUCCCUGCAUUAUACAACCUCAAUCCCACGGUUGUGGAUGGAAUAUUCUCCACCUGGUAUGGGGGUCUCAAGGCUACUUCAGAGGCUGAUGUUAAAGCAGAGAUAUCUGCAAGUAUUAAUCGUCUGCGUAAAGCUCUCAGAAGGUCAAAUAAUACUCAAGAUGAUAAUCAUGAGAUUCGCUUCUUAGCCUACAAAAGCCAUACCCCGAUGCACUUUACUGUACCAACUGAAGACAUCGGAGCCGGCUUUUAUCGCGAGCUUCAAGCGUUGCAAGGACACAGAAACACCUGGUACACUGGAGCAGCGUUCCUUUCACAACACGCCGGUCCACUGUGGAAUUUCACACAGGAUUUGAUGUCCGCUGUUCUUGCUUAG